ACAACUCUUAUAAAAUUUCUGAUUUGGACAAAUUACUAAAAAGGAUUAUUUUAAGUUUAUCUUUGGGGGAUAUAUACCCCUUUCCAAUUCCCUCUUUUUGCUUUAAUAAGUACAUUUUAAUAGUUUGAUGAGCUCUUUUAACUAUGAUUUGUCCCUGGAUUGUAUGGGAUUUUUGUUUUGUGAGUAAAGCAAUUUUUUUUCUGCCAUGAAGGUAUCUUGACCACCUUCAUUUAACCUUUUAAAGCCUUCCAAUUAUCAUCUAUACUGCACUUUUAAAUGUACUUUUUCACCACCUACAGCUUCACUCUUUUAAACGAGGCUUAGAUUCUGUUUAAAUCGCUUUAAUGUUAGUUUACAUGGCUGCCCUUCAACUAAAGGCUUUUUUUUUUUUACUCCAUUAAGAAUCUUUGUCUCAAUCUGCCAUGUACAAAUACCUUUUUCUUCUUUCUUCCUUUCUCAACCUUUUAAAGUAAGUCUAGUUUCCUCAAAAUCUUUUUAAAUGGCAUUUUACAACUUUUUACUUUACCACACAGAGAUUAUCUCAUCGAGAAACAUUUCUUUUUUUUAACCUUUAUAUUAAAAUAUAUUUCCACAUCUUGAAUCGUUUUUAGCCGUUAAUCCUUUUUAAAAAUUUACAUUGUGAAACAACCCUUAUAAAAUUUCUGAAUUUAGAUAAAUUACUCUAAAUAUUUUCAUUUUUUUAUGGUACUAUAAUACUAUAAUUGAAACCCAACUGAAACUUCUUCUACUCUUUGUAUAUAAAUUAUACCUGAUAGAAUCUUAACUCUUAGUAACCUUGUUUCAGCAAAGAUACAGACACAAAGCAAUAUUAAACAUUUUUCCAUUCACCAAUUUAUGAAAACACACAUAAUGUUUAAAUAUAUUACCUUAUUUAAUAAGUAAAGAGUACUUGAUUUUAUAUUUAGUGGUUGAUAUUUUAACACUUUAGCUUUGUAAAUUAAUCAAAUGUCUGUAAAAACCAAGAUCUUAGACAAAUGUAGUAAACAGAACUAGCCAUCUCUUUCUUGUUGAAGAAAAAUCCUUCUACAGGAUACCAUGAUGGUCCCAUUGAUAUACUUAAUAACUCGUCUUUAAAAAGCCAAGGGCUACAUUUUUGUAUUGUAUCAACAUAUGCCCUUAUUGUUCUUGGUCUUACUGGGGUGCCUCCUUCCUCUCACAAUUUCUCUUCCUCGGAGGCGAACAACUUCAAACCUUGAGUCAACCAUUUUCCCCAGUUUGCCUGAGAAAGUUCUAGGGACAGGCAACUUGAAAUAUAAACAAAAUAAAUCAAAACAAGAACACAUUGUUUUUUGAAAUGGUCACCCAUUCUUUCGCUCUUCCUCAGGGACGAGCAAUUUCACUUACCUCCAAGCUUCAGGCGUUCCCCGUACGGGCCACCAAAUGCUGCAGUCUGGCUGGGCACAAAAUAACCAAGCCACCACAAAAGCCUUGUAGAUUCAAACAGCAAAUCUUUAUUCCCGAACUCUCACUGGCACUCUACACGCAUGUUCUGGGAAAAUACACUCCCUCCACCGGGCUCUGCAUACCAAUACACUCAGAACCCCGCGAGAACUCAACGGGAACUCUAGGAGUGGGCGCCUGAGGCAGCAGGAUAUGCCCUAAUCCCAGCAGGAUCCGCCCUAAACCUGGAGCCACCCUAUUCCAGCAGGAUCCACCCUAAACCCGGAGCCACCCUAAUCCUUGAGCAGGGUCACCUUUCAACCCCAAAAUGCCAUGCAUCAUUCCUACUUGGCUAUGGCUCUCAGCACAUGUCUUAAUAUGUUAAAAAUAUUUACUUUAUUCUAUAUCAUACCAAUCAUUAACAAUACCAUUGAUUUAGGGGUUUAUAGUUUACAAUAUUUUCAUGUUUUACUCAUUUUAUCAACCCUGUAAUUCUGUGAAGAAAAUGAAAUCCAGAGAGGUGAAGUUUACUUAAAAUCAUAGUGAGUAGGCUGUUAUUAAAAUUGCUUUUUCUGAUUUUAAAUCUUGUGUAUUUUUUAGUGCAUUGUAGUUAUACAUAAUAAUAUGCUUAAUUUUGACAUAUUCAUAAAUGCAUAUAACAGUUUUCUCCAUUUAAUACCUGGUACCACCCCAUUUCUUCCCAUCCUCCCUUACCCUGAUCCCCUUCUUCUACUCUACUUAUUUAUAAUUGAUGCAUUAUAGUUCUAUAUAAAAUUAUAAUGAAUUGUGGUAUAUGCAUGCACUUUUUAUAAUCUAGUUAACUUAAUUUUCCCCCUUUUCCUCUCCUUCUCCUUUCCCCUUAGUCCUUCCUUCUACUCUAUUGAUUUUCCUUCUGUUUUCAUGAGGUUUAUCUUUUUAAACUCCUUUUUUCCCCCUCUAACUUUUGCAUAGGAGAUAAAACAUUUGACCAUUGAUCUUCUGAGUCUGGCUUAUUUCACUUACCAUAAUGUUCUACAUUUUCAUCCAUUUAACAGAAAAUGUCAUAAUUUCAUUCCUUUUUAUGGUAGAAUAGAACACCAUUGUGUAUAUACAAUAAAUUUCCUUUAUCCAUUCAUCGACUGAUGGCCACUUAAGCUGAUUCCAUAACUUGGCUAUUGUGGAUUGUGCUGCUAUAAAUGUUGGUAUGUAUGUAUCACUAUAUUAUGCUGAUUUGAAUUAUUGUGGAUAAAUACCAAGGGGUAGAAUAACUAGGUUGCUGCCCCUGACCUGCACAGACAGCUGAACUAAGGUCGCUCGUGUGAAUUUCCAGGGACACCAAAUAAAACACAGACACACACUUUACCUUUAAACAAGCUUCAGGACGGCUUCUCUGCUCUUGGCCUCAGGCUCCCCAAAUGGGAGAGCAAGAGAAAGUCAUGAGAGGCUGGCAAGAGACAGUGAGCACAUUUGGAAGUGGGCUUUUAUUGGGAGCACCCUUGUUCUUAGAAAGUUUCAUCCAAAAAAAGGCCAGAGGGGCAGGGUUACAAGGGACAAGUGAGUGUAAUUCAGCCCAAGGGGCAUUGCCUACAUCUGAAGACACACCCUCAACUUCCUGAACCAGGACAAUGUCCAGAUGACUAUGAAAUGUAGUGCUGGUCAAAGCCUCUGGCCUCAGGACGGAAGGCACAAGUCAUUCAGAGUGGCUCCCCACACUAGGUCAUAUAGUGGUUCCAUUCCUAGUUUUUUGAGAAAUCGCUCUAUUACUUUCUAAAGUGGUUGUAAUAAUUUGCAGUCCCAUUGACACUGUGUAAGUGUACUUUCCAUGCACCCCUGAUCCUUGACAGCAAUUGUCAUUAUUCAUCUUCUUCAUGAAUGUCAUUCUAACUCAAGUGAGUUGAAACCUUAGUGUAGGUUUGAUCUGUAUCUCCCUAAUUGCCUAGGAUGUUGAAGAUGUUUUCACAUAUUUGUUGGCCAUUUAUAUUUCUUCUUUUGAGAAAUAUCUCUUUAGAUCUUUCACUCAUUUAUUGAGUCGAUUAUUUAUUUUGAGUUCUUUUUAUAUUCUGCUUAUUAAUUCCCUAUUGGAAAAGUAGCUGGCAAAGAUUUUCUCCCAUUCUGUAGGUUCUCUUUUCAUGCUCUUUUUCCUUUGCUGUGGAGAAGCUUUUUGUUUUAAUGCAUGCAUUUUUUAUUAUUAGACUUUAUUGUUAUCCAACAAUUAUGGAUGGUGCCUAAGGGCUGGGAAUCAGGCAUCUUUUAAAAUAAUAUUCUCCAGGUGAUUCUAAAGGGCAACCCAGGGAAAAAAACAUGGAUAUGCUUGAGUGAUUCUUAAACUUUAAAAUUUCUAGCAAUCACUUGGGGAAUCUUUGAAAAUAAUUCUGAUUCAGUGGGUCUGAUGUCAGUCCUGAGAUCUUCAUUUAUUAACAUGCUCCUGGGUGAUGUUGAUGCUGCUUGUCUUCAGAACACGAUUGCGUAGCAAGGCCUUUCAGACCAUCUGUCUCCUAUGUCUUGGAAAGCAUCAUUGGUAUGUUAUGUGGAUGGCAAUUUGUAUUCCAAGUGAAAGAACAUUCUGGUGACACUUGGAGGUGAGACUACUGUGUGGUUUAUUUUGGUUUUGUGUUGCUAGAUUCAAGGAAUAGAAGCAAUCACAUUGCUUUCCAUGGAGCCUGCAUUCUGUUCCUGUCCAAGAAAGUCAUUCUUUGUGCACUUGAUGAAUUGUAGUUAGAGCCAUCAUUUUCCUAAGGAAGGAAUUUUGGUUUGGCUCAAGUACCUGAGAUGUGCACCCACCAGUAAGGAGCAAAUGAUUUUAGUCUUUAAAAACUUAAUUGGUAAAUGUUAGCAGUUGACCUUCCUGUUUAUAGUAAAUGAAUCAUAGAAUUGUAUUCUACCUCUGCUACAAAAUAUAGUCCUAGAUAAAUAAAUUAACUCAUUCAAUGGAUGAUUAAUGAAUCAGAAUCUUCAGACAAUAGUUUUGGUUAUUAUGUAGGAUUUGCUAUGUUGGUCAUUUGUUGGCAGGUUAUGCUACUCCCUAAUUAAAUCAUGGUCCACAUAAAAGAUGAUUUCUUAUCCUAGUGGUUCUUGAAAGGACUCUUAUCUAAUUUAAGUUUUAUUUAACUAUUCAGGCUUUAUAAACAGAGCAGUGAAGAAUGGAAAGGCCAAGAUUCACUCCUAUUUGGUACUGUUUGUGACUGGAAUUUGAUUGACUAAACCCAUCAGCCUCAUAGAAACUUUUGUAGACUAGCCUGAAAAUCAAAGAUCAAGGAAAAAUUUAACUAUGUGUGGCAGCCUGACUAGGUGAAAGAGAGAUGAUAAAAUGGGAUGGGAAAACCAAACCAUUCUGGUGGAAUUUUUUCUGAAGGGACUUUCUGGUUACCCAAGGCUUGAGGUACUCUUUUUUGUACUCAUCUUAUUAAUGUAUGUGGUCAUCCUUCUGGGCAAUGGCACCCUCAUCAUACUCUCCAUACUCGACUCUCGCCUCCACACCCCUAUGUACUUCUUCCUGGGGAACCUCUCCUUCUUGGACAUCUGCUACACUAGCACCUCAAUUCCUUCCACUCUGGUGAGCUUCCUCUCAGAAAGAAAGACCAUUUCCUUCUCUGGCUGUGCAGUGCAGAUGUUCCUUGGCUUGGCCAUGGGGACAACAGAGUGUGUGCUCCUGGGAAUGAUGGCCUUUGACCGCUAUGUGGCCAUCUGCAAUCCCCUGAGGUAUCUCAUCAUCAUGAACAGGAAUUCCUAUGUGACCAUGGCAGCUGGCUCCUGGCUUUCAGGGGUUGUCAACUCUGCAGUGCAAACUGCAUUUGUGGUACGGUUGCCUUUCUGCAGGAAUAAUGUCAUCAAUCAUUUUUCUUGUGAAAUUCUGGCUGUCAUGAAGUUGGCCUGUGCUGACAUCUCAGGUAAUGAGUUCAUCAUGCUUGUGGCCACAACGUUGUUCAUUUUGAUGCCACUGCUCUUCAUUGUUAUGUCUUACUCAUUAAUCGUUUCCAGCAUCCUCAAGAUCCAUUCCUCUGAGGGGAGAAGCAAAGCCUUCUCUACCUGCUCAGCACACCUGACUGUGGUGAUAAUAUUCUAUGGUACCAUUCUCUUCAUGUACAUGAAACCCAAGUCUAAAGACAUACUUAAUUCAGAUGGUCUGGAUGCAACAGACAAACUUAUAUCCAUGUUCUAUGGGGUGAUGACUCCCAUGAUGAAUCCUUUAAUCUACAGUCUUAGGAACAAGGAUGUGAAGGAGGCAUUAAAAAAUUUAUUGAGCAGAAUAUUAAUUUGCAAGUGAAUGUAUAUAUUGUGCUGUGAACUAAUUGGACAUUGUUCAAACUUGAGAAUUACAUUGGAAUUUUGGUUACUUUAACUUUGCUGUUUUGUGUAUUAUGUUAAAAUUAUUAGAUGCUCAUAAAGAUUUUUCAAGGUACAAGACAGUAACAUAAGAUGUAGAGAGAGGUCACCUGCCAUCAAGAUAUGGGUACUUGCAAACUUUUUGUUUUCUUAACAUUCUGUAGGUUUUUGCAGUAUCAAGGUAGGAAGUUGUGUACCUUUUUAUGUUUUUUUGUGCAUAAAUACAGUAUUUCAUAGGCAAUAAUGCAUCAAAUCCUUAAAAAUUAACAUAGCUCUCUAUUGUGAAAAAAAGUCCCAGAGAAAAUACCCAAAUGCUUCACUCAUAUUUUCUAUUAGAGAGCUUCUAUUGCAGUUUUGCAUUAAUCUACAAAUCUACUUUAGCCAUCACAUGCUAUUUAUUUAUUUAUUUGGCACUGGGUAUAUAAUUUAACUCAGAGGCAGUUUACCAUUGAGCUACAUCCCGAGAUUUAUUUUUUUAUUUUUUAUUUUGAGACAGGGUUUUACUGAGGCUAGCCACUACCUUGCAAGACUAUGUUGAAAUAUUUAAACCUUCAGUUCAAGUAGUUCUUCUAGUUGAUAAAUUUAUUUCUUGUUCUUCCAGUAAUUUACCUCUAAACCAGAGGUUGCUUUAUAGACUGUAAAAUUAAUAGCUCGUUGUGUCUCUUAUACUUAUAGCCAGUCUUCACAUAUCCUCAUUAGUAACUUAACCUCCAAAAAGGCAGUUACCAGUAAGUAACCACUUUGUCACAGAAAUUUAUUGACUCCUUGAUAUGCACUGAAACACAAUAUGUGGAUAUGAUUUCUAGGUGUGAAAAAAUGAUUACUAAGAUUAAGUGUAAUUCAAUUCCUCUUGUUCAGAUAAAGUGUCAUUACAUUUCUUUAGUUUAACAUUAGGAAGAAAACUAAUAUUUAGCAAUAAAUUUUAGGAACAGGUCAAAUUAAAUUUUCCCUGAAAACAAAGGUUGAAAUACUGCUCAUUGUGGAGAUACACAAGAUCCUAAAGAUCUGCUUCAGGAUUUAGAAGGCAAUUUAAAUAUUCUGCUAUUAAAGACUAUUCUGAACAUCUGUGCACAACUUUAAAUUGCCUCAGAGAUGAAAUAUGAACAAAAGUUAUGAAACUUCAGAAAUAAUGCCCUGAAGAGCUAACUACAAGAGGUCUAUGACUCUAUUUCAACUCUAAAAUCAGAAGGAAGUUCAUGUAUUUUCAUCGAAAUUUCCUCAGCUGAAUUCUCUCAAUCUUUACUUCCCUCUGUCUCCAAAUCCUACACAAAUAUUUUGGAAGUAUAAUUAUUGACUGUAUGAACAUAAAAUUUUCAUUCACUUUAUAGAUUUAGUUUAGAGUAAAAGUUAACAUUUCGAACACUUAUUUUUGUUAAUUGUAAAGGUAAUACAUAGUGUAGAAAGAAUGAACAAUUAAAAAAAUUUAAGGAAUGGAAGAAAGUAAAGGAAGGCAGGGCGGGAGAGAGACAGGGAAAAAAGGCAAGCAAAGAAGUUAUCUUCUAGCAACACACAAAGGUAAACAACAAACACAAAAUAUUAUAAUUGAAUAGCUUAGUAAUUACCACAGCUCAAAAAGAUCACCAAGGUCACAGAUCUCAUCAGAAAACAGAUAAGACAUGAACAGGGGUAAUCUCAUUAAAAAGAAGAGCUUGGAUGCUCUAAUAAGAUUUGGAUAGCAUUAGAGCAGAUUAUGCUAAGUGAAGUUAGCUAAUCCCCCCAAAACAAAUAGUCUUUGAAACCCUAGAACAAUUAGACAAAAGAAAUAAUUUAAAGUGAAUAGGAAAAGCUCAAACUAUCCCUAUUUGCCAAUGACAUGAUUCUAUAUUUAGAAGGCCCACAAAACUCUCCCAGAAAGCUUCUUUAACUCAGAAAUGAAUUCAACAAAGUGGCAGGAUAUAAAAUUAACACACCUAAAUCAAUUGCAUUCCUAUACUUUAGUGAUGGAUCAGCCAAAAGAGAAACUAGGAAAACUGUCCCAUUCACAAGAGCUAUCCCAUUCACACAUAACAAAAACAAAACAAAACAUUCCAAAACCAAAACAAGAAAACUUGGGAAUUAAUCUAACAAACAGGUGAAAGACCUCUACAAUGAAAACUGUAGAACACUAAAAAAGAAAUUGAAGAAGACCUUAGAAAAUGGAAAAAUCUCCCAUAUUCUGGGUUAGGCAGAAUUAACAUUGACAAAAUGGCCAAGGUACAAAAAGCACUAUACAGACUUAAUGUAAAUUGUAUUAAAAUUCUAAUGAUGUUCUUCAUACAAAUAGAAAAAGCAGUCAUGAUAUUCAUUUGGAAAAAUAAGUGACCCAGAAUAGCCAAAGCAAUUCUUAGUGAGAAAAGUGAUGCAGGAGGCAUCACAAUACCAGACCUUAAAUUAUACUACAGAGCUGUAGUAACAAAAAGCCAUGGUACUGGAAAAACAGACAUGAAGACCAAAGGAAUAGAAUAGAAGACACAGAGACAUACCCACAUAAAUUUAGUUAUCUCAUUCUAGACAAAGGCUCCAUAAACAUACACUGGAGAAAAGAUAGCCUCUUCAACAAAUGGUCCUGGAAAAGUGGAAAUCCAUAGAUAGUAGAUUGACAUUGAACCCAUGUCUCUUACCUACAUAAAACUCAACUCAAAGUAGAUCAAGGACCUAGGCAUUAGAUCAGAGACCCUGUACCUACUAAAAGAAAAGUUGGCUCAACUUUCCAUUGUGUCAGCUUAGGAACCAAAUUCUUCAAUAAGACUCCUAAAAUGUAAGAAUCAAUAAAUGGGAUCACAUCAAACUUAAAAGCUUCUUCAUAGCAAAGGAAAAAAUCAAGAACAUUAACAGAAAGCCUACAGAAUGGGAGAAAAUCUUUGCCACCUGCACAUCAGAUAGAACAUUAAUCUCCAGGAUAUAUAAAGAACUCAAAAAACUUAACACCAAAAACAAACAAACAAACAACCCAAUCAAUAAAUGGGCAAAGGAACUGAACAAACACUUCACUGAAAAAGAGAGAUGAGUGGUCAAAAUAUAUGAAAAAAUGUUCAGCAUCUCUAGCAAUUAGAGAAAUGCAAAUUAAAACUACACUGAGGCUGUGGGGAGAAAGGUUCACUUAUACAUUGCUGUUAGGACUGCAAGUUGAAGUUGGUACAAUCACUAUGGAAAGCAGUCUAUAUAGAAGGUUCCUUAGAAAACUUGGAAUGGAAUGACCAUUUGAUCCAAUUAUCCCACUCCUCGAUUUGUAUCCAAAGGACUUAAAAUCAGCAUACAGUGACACAGCCACAUCAAUGUUUAUAGCAGCUCAGUUCACAAUAGCCAAGCCAUGGAACAAACCUAGGUGCACUUAAACAGAUGAAUGGGUAAAUAAAAUGUAGUAUAUAUACUCAGCCAUAAAGAAGAAUGAAAUUAUGGUAUUCACCAGUAAAUGGAUGGAACUGGAAAAUGUGCUAAGUGAAAUAAGCCAGUCCCCCAAAACCAAAGGCUGAAUGCUCACUUUGAUAUGUGGAUGAUAACCCACAACAAGGAAGGGUAGUGAGGAGAAGAAUAGAAGUUCAUUGGAUUAGACAAAGGAGAAUGAAGGGGAGGAAGUGGGGAUGGGAAUAGGAAAGGCAGUACAACGAAUUGAACAUAUGAAUGAAUCAAAAUGAAUGCUCAUAAGUGAAUAGACAACCAUAAAUGAAUAGACAAUUCCACAUCAUGCACACACACACAAGAAUGGGAUCUUAACUGGAAUGGGUCAUACUUUAUAUAUGUAUAAUAUGUCAAAAUACUCUCUACUGUUACUUAUAUCUAAAAACAACAAACAAAAAGAACUUUAAAAGUGAUUUUUAAGUCAAACUCUGUUAUUUAUAAGUAGUACUUGAAACAAAGAAAAAGUUUAAACUAAAAAGUUGUAGAGAGAUAAGCAGAAGGAAUCUAAAAGAAAGUUCUAGUUAACUUUAAAGUAUCAAAUAAGAUUAUAUGUUAAUCAGUGAUAACUGUCAUAAUUCAUAAAGAAGAUAUUUCAGUAAUAAAGCCAUAUACACAAAUCAACACAGAAGCUAAACUCAUUUAAAAAAAUGAUUCUAGAUUUACAAGAAGAAUUGAAUUACAAAUAUUUAUCCAGAAUUGAUUAAAUUAGGGUGGCAGGAAAUUAGAAUUAUUGAAAAGAUUGUGAUAAUACAAAAUAAACUUAUCAUAUGUAUACAUGUUGUGUGUAUGUAUGUAAAAUUAUAUGUUUCUGAAAGAGAAAUCACAUUUUUUGGUAGCAUUUACAAAAUAGCAUAAAAUGAGAGUUGCCUAUGUAUGUGUUCUUUUCUCGUGAUGAGACAUUUCUUUUCCAUUUUUUAACUUUUAAAACAUAUAUCAUGUAAUUGACUGUCAAAAAGUUCAUAAGUAGAGAAUUAUAAGUCCCAUUUUCUUGUAAUAAAAUGAAUUAUAGGUUCCCCAAA